UCAUACUUCCUGAGAAGCUUAUACUUGUGAGUGUCAGUCAUCCUGCUAAUGUGCAUUAAAAAGAGGCCAACGGGCUGAGGCUGUGUCAGCAUGAUGGCCCCCAAAGAGACCACCCUCCUCUGUCUUGUGCUCUGUCUGGGCCAGAGGAUUCAGGCACAGGAAGGGAACUUUCCCAUGCCUCUCAUAUUUGCCAGAUCAAGUCCUGUGGUUCCCCGGCAUGGAUCUGCAAAAAUCCAGUGCCGGAGCAGUCCUGAAUCUUUCCUGACCCAGCUGGUGAUCCAAAAAAACUCCACGUACAAGGAGGUAGACAGGAAACUGGGGUUUUGGAAUGAGAGUGAGUUCCUCGUCGACCACAUGGAUACAAACACAGCAGGGCGCUAUCACUGCCGAUACAGGAGAGGCUUCAGCUGGUCACAUUACAGUGACGCCCUGGAGCUGGUGGUGACAGGCUUGUAUGACAAACCCUUCCUCUCUGCAGAUCAGGGUCGUGUGGUGAGGCCGGGAGAGAAUAUUUCCUUCACGUGUACCUCGGCACACCUCCCAUUUGAUAGGUUUUCACUGGCCAAGGAGGGAGAACUUUCUCUGCCACAGCACCAAAGUGGGGAACACCCGGCCAACUUCCCUCUGGGUCCUCUGGACCUCAACGUCUCAGGGAGCUACAGGUGCUACGGUUGGUACAGCAGCAGUCCCUAUGUGUGGUCCGCCCCCAGUAAUGCCCUGGAGCUUGUGAUCACAGACUCCGUGAGCCAAGAUUACACAGUGCAGAACCUGAUCCGCAUGGCCGUGGCAGGACUGGUCCUCAUGGCUCUCUUGGCCAUACUGGCUGAAAAUUGGCACAGCCAUAGAGCGUUAGGCAAGGAAGCCUCGGCUGACGUGGCUGAACUGAGCUGGAGCAAACAGACAUGUCAGACAGAAUUGACCUUUGGACAAACACCACGUGUCUGCAAGUGAACACCUGGAUGUGAAGGGAGAGAUGACUCGGGACUUGUGGAGUCCUACGAAGCCCCUGAAGGACAUGGGGGAGAAGAGCCCACUAACAAGCUUGAAUCCAUUUUCUUUUCCUUUUCCUUUUUUCAGA